CCCAGUAGCACGUUAGGAAGCUUGUGGGGCUUAUAGUAUGAAAGAGUGCGGCGGCCGAAAAGCGUGAUUUCCCCGCUGCCCCCCCCCCCCAGCCAUGGCUAUAGCUCAUAUUGCCACCGAGUACGUCUUCUCCGACUUCCUCCUCAAGGAUCCCCCCGAGUCCAAGUACAAGGGGCUGCGGCUGGAGCUGGCGGUGGAUAAGCUGGUGUCCUGCAUUGCUGUGGGGCUGCCCUUGCUGCUCAUAUCGCUGGCCUUCGCUCAGGAGAUUACUCUGGGUUCCCAGAUAAGCUGUUUUGCCCCCACAUCCUUCUCAUGGCGCCAGGCUGCGUACGUCGACUCUUUCUGUUGGGCAGCAGUUCAGCAAAAACACCUCUCUCAGAGCGACUCUGGGAAUGUCCCCCUGUGGCUGCAUAAGUUCUUCCCGUAUAUCCUGCUCCUUGUCGCUGUUCUUCUCUACCUGCCAAAUUUAUUCUGGCGCUUCACGGCUGCCCCCCACCUUAGCUCCGACCUCAAGUUUGUAAUGGAGGAACUUGACAAAUGUUACAACCGGGACAUCAAAGACAUCAAGGCUGCCAAUAAUUUGAACAGUUCUGACAAGAGAGAUGGACUCAACUCGCCUGUUGUCAGUGAGAACCUUCAACAGAGCCUGUGGGAAAUCCCUCUGAGCCACUACAAGUACCCAAUCGUGGAGCAGUAUCUGAAGACAAAAAAUAAUUCCUAUGGCCUAAUCAUCAAAUACCUAAUUUGCCGGGUGGUGACGCUAAUCAUCGUAUUCACGGCGUGUAUCUACCUGGGCUAUUAUAUCAGCCUCUUCUCUCUGACGGACGAGUUCACCUGUAACAUCCGCACGGGGAUCCUGAGGAACGACACGGCGCUGCCUCCUUUAGUGCAAUGCAAACUCAUAGCCGUGGGGGUCUUCCGGCUUCUCAGCUACAUCAACCUCAUUAUCUACGUGCUGAUAAUGCCGUUUAUCAUUUACGCCAUGCUGGUUCCCUUCAGGAAAACCGCUAAUGUGCUCAAGGUUUAUGAGGUGCUACCAACCUUCAGUGUCCAACAGGCUCCGUCCAAAACCUACGAUGACCACAGCCUGUUCCUUCUGUUCCUGGAGGAGAACGUCAGUGAGCUGAAAUCCUACAAGUUCCUCAAGGUGCUGGAGAAUAUUAAAAACACCGGGGAGAACUUCGACACCAUACAGUACUUAACUUCUUUAGGAACGGUGAAGACGGACACAGUGGAUGGGAAACUGGCAUUUAAAUGCACGUCUGAGGUGCCAAACAAUACGGAACAGAAUGAAGUUGAACUUACAGUUCAGCCCUCGAGUGACAAUGCGAAAACGGAGGAAAAGAAAGUUCGGCAGCGGCUGCUGGAUUCAUCCUGCUGAGUGCCGGCUGUGUGGGGAAUUGGCAAAAUGAUGGGGAAUCAGAAGAAUCGGCUCUACCCAUAAGGCAGAGGUCCCAUUGUGAAAGUGACUGUAGGAAUCCUCACUCAGGGGUUAUGGUUUUAUAGUAAAUAAAGCCUGCAGCUGCUGUUCAUGGAUACUGCACCUUAGCGUCGGGGGGUCCUGUGUGUGGGAUCCAGGCUGCUGGGAGUUGUUGGCUGGAUUCAGGGAUGCAGGGAAUCCACCCGGACCUCCCUAGUGUAAAGUCAUUAUGUAUUGCAACCUUUUUUAGGACUUAUUUUUACAAUUUGCUGUAUUUUGUUGGCAAGGGCUGUACAGUUUCUUAUUUAUGUGUAAAGUUAUUUAAGUGCUCAUCGACCGCCAUAUCCCUGUUAUUUUGCUGUUAUUUUGCUGUUAUUUUCUUGUUUUAAACUGUUUACAGAAUUGUGCCCUCUGAUUUGAUGCUGAUUCUCCCCCCGUUUUACACCAGUGUAUAAAUGCUAUAGUGUUUUGAUCCAGCGCCCGUAUGGGCCGGCGUCACCUGACCGUAUCAGCGCCGCAUUUGCCCAUGUGUGAAUGAGGCUCACUCUGCUAUCAAACUGGAAUCUGAUUGUGAGGGAACAUUGAUGGGGCCCCACAGGUUUGGGGCAGUGGGUCUGUGACUGCUGAAAGACAAGGUCCGCUCAUGGCUGCCCAAACUGCACGGUUCAUUCUGGAUUUAUGGACAUUGAUUCAUACAGACACACCCUGACACCUUUGGUACCGACUCAUUGGGUUGGACUAAAAUGGUACUAAAGCCGCUCAGCCGCCCAUGAAUGUGCCUAAAGCGCUAAUUUAUCACAAGUUCGGCCUGGGACAACGGACUGCUUUGGUUCUUAGUGUGAAUGGACCCAAAGGUUACGAUGAUUUUUACAUGAUAAAAAGACACACGUAAGGUUCUACUCAUUGGUCGGGUUUCCUAAUCUUCCAGCUCUUUGGCCAAACUGGCUGCCCUAGUAGGGGGCAACAUCAGGGUGAUUCCCCCCGUUUCACCAUAAAGCUGUUCCAAUGGGAGUGGCUUCCGCACAGUCAUUGGCUGAAUGGGCACAGUUUGGCCGAUACCGGGGCCAGUCAGGAAAGGGCAAGUUGAAGCCUGUCUGUGUAUAGACACAUGUAGUUCCUAAAGCCCCUCUCUGUAAUAGGCCCCUCUAUGGUACAGAGUUUAUUUAUGCUGGAGACAGGGAAGAUUUGUUGCUUUUGGGCGCCCCAGUCUCCCGCUUCCCAUAAUCUGCCCCCAACCCCUAAUGUUGAAUAGAUACAAAUGCCUUCUGAAUAGAGAGUGGUUUUGGGGGCAGCCCUAGUAUUUUACUAUUCGUAUUAGUGAGUAGAAUGACUGAAACAGCAUGCUUCAUAGUAAAGGGUAAGUACAACCAACAGUGAGAGCAUUUUGGGACAUUUACAGGGUUCAUCAGCCAAUGAGUUGUCAUCUGCCAAAUGCAUUUAGACUACGGAAGGCAAAUAUCUGAUUGGUUGCUAAUCCUUAGGUACCAUUAUAGUAUCUCUAGUGCUACAAAGGCUUUUAUUUUUU